UAAGGCAACACCUUCACGACUCUCCUCAGUGUCCUCACAUAAAAAUAGUGAAGAGAGAGGUCUGAAAAUCGAGUAUUUGUUCUCUUCUCUGUGUGUUUGUGUGUUUGAGAGAGAAAGAGAGAGUACUGAGGAAAGAAGAACAAUGGACAUGGAGACAACAAGAAGACAGGACUUCAAAGGAGAUAAUAAUAUGGCUGAAGAGACUACUGUUGAUUGGAAAGGCAGACCUUCCAACCCCAACAGGCAUGGUGGAAUGAAAGCUGCUGCCUUUGUUCUUGGGCUUCAAGGAUUUGAGAUAAUGGCAAUAGCAGCUGUUGGGAACAACCUCAUAACAUACGUGAUAAACGAGAUGCACUUUUCUUUGUCAAAGUCUGCAAAUAUAGUGACAAACUUUAUAGGGACUGUCUUCAUCCUUGCACUCCUUGGAGGCUACCUCUCAGAUUCCUACCUUGGGUGCUUUUGGACCAUGCUUAUCUUUGGUUUUGUGGAACUUUCUGGUUUCAUAUUAUUGUCAGUCCAAGCCCAUAUUCCCCAACUAAAGCCACCCCCUUGCAACAUGGUGACCAAUGGAGACCAGUGUUUGGAAGCAAAGGGCCUGAAGGCCUUAAUCUUUUUUGUGGCACUUUAUUUAGUGGCAUUAGGGAGUGGGUGUGUUAAACCCAACAUGAUAGCUCAUGGUGCCGACCAAUUCAAUAGAGAUGACACAAAACAGUCCAAGAGGCUCUCCACCUACUUCAAUGCUGCCUACUUUGCCUUCUCUAUGGGUGAACUUGUUGCCCUAACUGUUCUGGUUUGGGUCCAAACUCAUUCGGGCAUGGACGUCGGGUUCGGAGUCUCGGCAGCUGUCAUGGCAAUGGGGUUGAUCAGCUUAGUUUGUGGUAUAUUUCUUUACAGGAAUAAACGUCCUCAAGGAAGCAUCCUGACCCCAAUUGCUCAGGUCUUUGUAGCUGCAAUUGCAAAGAGAAAGCAAGUUUGUCCUUCCAAUCCAGAAAUGAUCCAUGGCCACCAAAACAAAGUUUCUGAUAGCAAUGCAGCCAUGUGCAACAAUGUUGGCUUUCUUCAUCAUACUGAUAGGUUUAGAUUCUUGGACAAGGCCUGCAUCAAAAUCCAAGAACGGAAUACUAAUAAGAAGGAAAGCCAGUGGAGGCUGUGCACAGUGACUCAAGUUGAGCAAGUAAAGAUACUGAUCUCAGUUGUUCCAAUAUUUGCAUGCACCAUUGUUUUCAACACCAUUUUGGCUCAACUCCAGACAUUCUCAGUCCAACAAGGAAGUGUCAUGAACACACAGCUCACCGAAAACUUCCAUAUCCCCCCGGCCUCGCUUCAAGCCAUCCCUUACAUUAUGAUAAUUUUCAUAGUCCCCCUCUAUGACACUUUCUUUGUCCCAUUUGCCCGAAAAUUCACUGGUCAUGACUCCGGAAUCACACCCUUACAACGGAUAGGAUUCGGUCUCUUUUUCGUGACCUUUUCUAUGGUAUCAGCUGCCCUUAUGGAGAAUAAAAGAAGGAAUGAAGCUGUGAAUUCAAACAAAACAAUAUCUAUCUUUUGGAUCACCCCACAGUUCUUAAUUUUCGGAUUAUCCGAAAUGUUCACAGCAGUUGGUCUGAUUGAGUUCUUUUACAAACAGUCCUUAAAGGGUAUGCAAUCAUUUUUAACGGCCAUAACCUAUUGCUCAUAUUCUUUUGGGUUCUACUUAAGCUCUGUGCUUGUUUCCCUGGUGAAUAAGAUCACUUCUGGUUCGUCCAGUGGCGGUUGGCUCAGUGAAAAUGAUCUCAACAAAGAUAGGCUGGACUACUUCUACUGGUUGCUAGCAGUUCUAAGCUUUAUCAACUUCUUUAAUUAUCUCUUUUGGGCUAAAUGGUAUUCUUAUCAUCUAUCUCCAUCAGCCACACCACCACAUGAUUCGGAAAACAGAGACUUACAGCACUCCAAUUUGAACUCCACAAAAUUUGUGGUAGAUGACAAUAUACCUUGAAUGAAAUUGUAUCAUUUCAAGUGAAUGUUUCUCUAACAUUCCACUUGAAUAUUGUAUUGAAAUAGAGAAAAUUAAAGAAUGCCAUAAGGGCUCCUUUUAGGCUGAUAAUGCUUGUAAAAUGUAUAGAAGGUACUAUUUGUAAUGGCACCUUAGCUUAGCUGGUAAACCCAUGAAUAAAUCUCUCAUCCUCUCUUACACAAGUAUAUGGUUGAAGAUGCAAGGUG